AUGGACGAGAUCCUUGAUCAUUUUUUCAGUUCCUCAUCAUGGACAGAUGAUGAUGUGAAAGAGAGAUCAUCUUUGGGCUGUUUUGAAGAUCCACCAACAAACGAAAUGCUUCUCAGUUCACUAGGAGUAGGUAUAAUUGAAGAUGACAGCAAUGACUCUGCUACAAAUCUGAGCAACUCAAACCACAGCAUGGAGAGCAUGGCUGCGCAGUCCGCUAACUCAUCUGUUGGGCAUAAUUUUGAGUCAGAUGCACAAAACAAUGGCAACAAUUGUGCGGCUUACAUCUCGAAUGACCAGAUAGGCCUGCUAUAUGAUAUGGAUGGUUACAUGGUAAGAUCAACAUCUGUUUCCUCCCUGGAGCAACAAAAUGUGGGAGGCAAUUGCUGUGAACACUCUGUCGUCUUUCAGAGAAUAAAUGGAGAUUUUGAAACCCUUUCUCCAAUUUCUCAGCUGUGGCAUCUUCAGGCUUAUGAGAGUGUCUCUUCCUCUCUUUAUCCUCCUGGUUUAGGACAACAGAACCUGUGCAGUUUCGGCAGUAAUGAUACUCAUGAAUUAUCUGAUUUAGUCACCACAGAGAAGGUAACGCAGGAGAUGGAAAACUAUCCUUUGCCCUCUUUUGCUUCAAAGCCUCAGAUUCCAAGGGCGAUGACCGGAUUGCAGCCUUUCCUGCAGACUACAUCAACUAACCCCUGUGCUGAAUGUACUGGAACUAAAAAGCCUCGUAUAAGGGCACGUCGAGGCCAGGCAACUGAUCCACACAGUAUUGCUGAAAGGCUUCGGAGGGAGAAAAUUGCUGACAGAAUGAAGAAUCUGCAAGAACUUGUAACAAAGUCUAACAAGACUGACAAGACAUCUAUGCUUGAAGAAAUCAUUGAGUAUGUCAAGCUUCUUCAGCAACAAAUCAAGGUUCUAAGCGCGCGCAGAUUGGGAGCUACAGGGGCAGUUUUAUUAGAAGAUCAGAAGAAGGGGAGCAAUGGGAUCUCCUCAGAUUCCUCAUUACUUGAUCGAGUAGCUCAUGACAAUUCUUUCAAUGAAAUUGCUUUUGAACAAGUAUUGAAGCUGAUGGAAACUGAUGUGAGCAAGGCAAUGCAUUAUCUUCAAAGCAAAGGUCUCUGCAUGAUGUCCAUCCCUCUAGCCAAUGCCAUAUUGACCGAAAAGGAAUCAUCACUGCCUCCUGAUUCCGGCAACAAUUUGAAGAACUCCGGUUUCACUGAUGAUGGUUUUGUUCAUAACCCCAGCAGCAGCAGCAGCAGUAACAGCAACAGAUUGCCUGGCGUUGAUAAAACGCCUGGAAAUCCAUGA